AUGGACAACUCGACUUCAACCAUGUGCUCCCCAGCCGCCGACGAUUCUUUCGGCCCAAUCAUCCAGGACUGCCGCGACGGCUUCGACUUCACUCUCACUUUUGAACAAUGCCUCUUCACUAUUCUCCCUGCCUCACUGCUGCUUCUCGUCGCCCCUCUUCGUCUCUUCCAACUCGGGAAGCUUCCUCGCGCUGUCUCUGGAAACGUUCUUCGUCUAUGCAAGAUCGCCGCCAUCGGCGUCCUUGCCGUCUUGCAACUCAUCCUGAUCGCACUCUGGGCGAUCCAUCGCGACGAAGGGCUUUUGCGCACCGUGUCUAUCGCGGCAUCUUGCGUGUCUUUCGUCGCCAGUCUGGUGUUUGGUGGUCUCUCGUACAUAGAACACUCGAAGAGCCUUAAGCCUUCGUCCAUCUUGAAUACAUACAUACUUGUCUCUUUGGUGCUGGAUGGAGCGAUCCUCCGCACCAUAUGGCUGUCGCACUUAAGCGCUGCCAUCAGCGCCGUCUUCACCGCCUCGUUUGCGUUGAAGACGGCCAUCGUGAUUCUCGAAGCCCAGGGGAAGACGAGGUAUCUUGUCGAUCCAGACGGUCGGUCGCUGAGCCCCGAGGAGACCAGUGGCAUUUACAGCCGCGGUCUCUUCUGGUGGCUCACGCCGCUGCUGAUGACUGGGUUCCGUCGUCUCCUGAAGCCGCUUGACUUGUUCACACUGGAUGAGUCCAUGUCGGCUGCGGUGCUGAGCGAGCGCUUCUGGUUGCAUUGGAACGAGUCAUCGCCGGCGUCGCAUGACACUACGAACGAUUCACCUCGCCCGCACAGCUAUCAGCUCGUCUGGGCUUGCAUCAAGACGCUGAAGUGGCAGUUGUUGGCCGUCGUCCCUGUGAGGCUUUGUCUCCUGGGCUUCACCAUAUGCCAGCCUCUGGUCUUGAAUCGUUUCCUUGACUUCCUGCAAGACCCUUCCGAGAAUGUCAAUCAUGGCUAUGGUCUUAUUGGGGCAUACGGCCUCGUUUACCUUGGCAUCUCCAUCACGUCAAGCUUCUACUGGCACAAAGCCUUUCGCUCCUUGACUAUGCUCAGGGGCGUGUUGGUCGCCGCCGUCUACUCCAAGACGACGGAGCUCAGGAGUGCUUCCAGCGACGAUUCCGCAGCCGUUACUCUUAUGUCGACAGAUGUUGACGCCAUCAUCCGCGCCUGGCGGGAGAUACAUGAGUUUUGGGCCAACAUCAUCCAGUUCGCCCUUGCAACCUGGAUCCUCAGCAAUCACAUCGGCUACGCAGCCGCGGGCCCCAUCAUUGUGUCGGUUUUUGCUUUGAUAGUUACUUUCUUAUUCGCUCCUGCAACACAAAAGUAUCAAGUUGCGUGGAUAGAAAAGGUGCAAAAACGCAUCGGGAUUACUUCGGCAAUGAUGGGACACGUCAAGAGCAUCAAGAUGUCCGGCCUUACCCAGAAGCUCUCUCAAACGAUUGCAGAUCUCAGGAUUUCGGAAAUGAAGGCCGCCACCCCGUUCCGCGUGAUUGCUGCAAUCACUUCGGCCGUGGCUCAGAUUCCCCUCAUGAUUUCCCCCGUGGUUGCUUUCGCAAUGUAUAUGGCCAUCAUCUCCAAGUCUGGAGAGACGCUCGAUGCAACCAAGCUGUUUGCUGCCCUCUCUCUGGUCAUUCUGUUGGCAAGCCCCCUGUUCUUCAUGUUUGAGACGGUCCUGGACUUGAGCGCGGCUCUUGGGUGUUUCCACCGCAUUGAGAACUACCUAUGCCAGCCGCCACGUAACGAUUACCGCUCAUUUCCAUCAAGCCCCUCUAUCAAAUCGUAUCACAAUGGGAAUGGUAGCUCUCAUGGGGCGAACAUCGAAGUGCGAGUUAAAGACGUAUCGUUUCGGUGGAAACAAGAGUCUGUCCCUGUUGUUUAUGGACUCAACUUCAGCGUCGGGGCCGGAGAGCUUGCCAUGGUCGUGGGAUCAGUGGCAUCUGGCAAGACUACAUUCUUGAAAGGUCUUCUCGGCGAGGUUCCUUACGUUGAUGGACUCGUUUCGUUGUCCAGCAGUAAGAUCUCAUGGUGCGAGCAAAGCCCGUGGCUAAUCAAUGAGACGAUUCGAAAGAACAUUACCUGCUUCUCAGAAUUCGAUGAAAGCCUCUACCGACAAGUCUUGACAGCUUGCGAUCUUGAAAAGGAUCUUGCCAUAUUCCCGGAAGGCGAUCGUACGCUCAUCGGUAGCAAAGGUCUUGCUUUGAGUGGAGGCCAGAAGCAACGUAUCGCGCUUGCAAGGGCAGUCUACUCCAGGCCCCGGAUUGCACUCUUCGACGAUGUCUUCAGUGGCCUUGACAAUCACACAGCCAAGACAGUGUUCCGCAGACUUUUCAACCUGAAGGAAGGAAUCCUGCGAGCUUGGGGAACUACAGUCGUUCUUGCUACACAAUCAGUCGGCUUUCUAUCACAGGCAGACUUGAUCAUAGCACUUGGGGACGGGCAGGUGUUAGAGAUAGGGACAUUUGCAGAGUGCCUAGAGUCGGACGGUUACGUCAAAAGCCUUGCAGCUCUCGAGGCCGGCAGCGGUGAUGAGGUCACUUCAAGCGAACCUCCCAUCGACACAUCCAGUAAUACGACCGGGAACGAAACCGCCAAAACCUCUGCCGAAACGGAAGAUAAGCGACGUCAGCUUGGAGACUGGAGCGUCUACAAUUACUACUUUGGAAGUGUUGGCGCCAUACUUGUGGCAGUUAUGCUUCUCCUCCAGAUGUCUUGGGCUUUCUUCUCGACUUUCCCGACGGUCUGGCUCAAGUUUUGGACCGACCAUAAUGUCGACAAUGCCGACUCGGACUCGGCGUACUACCUCGGUGUCUAUGCUGCUUUGCAGGUUAGCGGCGUUGUUUGUUUCGCCAUUCUCAUCUGGUUUGUCCUUGUUCCAAUCGCAUCAAGGUCGGGCAUCAACUUGCACCAGCGCCUUCUCAAGGCUGUCAUGCAUGCCCCACUGGCCCUCUUCACAAGUACUGACAUCGGUUCCAUUACAACUCGGUUCUCCCAAGACAUCGGCCUAGUCGACCGCAAUUUGCCCCUGGCCCUGGUUGUAUCCCUCGCUAGCUUCUUCACCUGCAUAGGCAAGGCAUUCCUGAUUGCCUCCACCUCUUGGUACAUCGUCAUCAGCUUCCCGGUCUUGAUACUCGUCUUCUACUUCAUCCAGAGGGCGUAUCUCCGUACCUCCCGCCAGCUCCGCUUCUUGGAUCUGGAGGAGAAAGCCCCGGUGUACACCCACUUCCUCGAGACGCUUUCUGGGCUCCCCACCAUCCGCGCACACGCCGCGACGACACCCUCCAUAGCCCACUCCCACACCCUCAUCGACCGCUCGCAACGCCCCUUUUACAUCCUUCUUCUCACCCAACAAUGGCUGACCCUCGUACUCGACCUAACCACAACCGCCUUAGCCCUGCUCGUGGUCGGCCUCGCAGUCCGCCUCCGUGAUACCGUCUCCGUAGGCCUGACGGGAGUCUCUCUAGUCCAGCUGAUCUCCUUUACCGAGACCCUCAAGAUGCUGAUCCAGUUCUGGACGUCUCUGGAGACAUCCAUUGGUGCUGUCGCACGGAUCAAGAACUUUGCCGACGAUACUCCUGACGAGAUCGAGGAUGAUUUGCUCAAAAGGCAGCUCCUCUGCUCUGAAGGCCGACAAGGAGUAUCGGCGACGUUGCUUCCAGGAUGGCCUGACAAAGGCUGCAUUGAACUACGGGACAUCUCGGCUUCAUAUGCGUCCAGCGCCAAUGAUUAUGAUGAGAAAUCAGUGCCCAAGGCCCUAGACGGUAUCAGCAUCUCCAUUCGUACGGGUGAGAAGAUUGGCAUCGUCGGACGCACUGGGAGUGGCAAAUCCUCGCUUCUCCUCGCCUUACUCCGCCUCCUGCCUCUAUCGUCGGGUUCAAUCCACAUUGAUGGCCGGUCUCUGGACACCCUCCCUCUUCUGGAACUCAGAUCGGCUCUGAUCGCAAUCACUCAGGACCAGUUCGUUCUCCCGGGAACAGUCCGCCAAAACAUCGACCCGUUUGCCGCGGCCUCUGACGAGAGCAUCACUUCCACACUGACACGUCUCGGUCUUUGGGAUGCCAUCCAGGAGAAAGGCGGCCUGGAUGCAGAAUUUGCUGAGGAGGCACUCAGUCACGGGCAGAGGCAGCUCUUCUUCCUGGCGCGGGCUGUCUUGCGUCGCGAAGUAGGCAAAAUCGUUCUCUUGGACGAAGCAACGAGCAGCGUCGAUUCCCACACCGAGCGUAUGGUCAAGGACCUUAUUCGCGAGGAGUUCAAAGAACACACCGUCAUCGCGAUCGCGCAUCGCCUAGAAACUGUUGCUGACUUUGACCGAGUCGUAGUGCUUGACAAGGGACAUAUCGUAGAAGUCGGUGAGCCGCAGUCCCUCCUGCUCGAGAAGGGUGGAAAGUUCAAGGAGCUGUGGGAUGCGAGCAGGCAGAACCGAGUCUCUUGA